AUGGCGGCCAACAUGAGUUUCACAGACAAGGCCACCCAGGCCUUGGCCGAUGCACAAGAGAUAGCGACACAACAUGCACACUCGCAGCUGCUGCCCAUACACCUGGCUGUAGCACUCAUCGAUCCGCUUCCCGAUCAGUCCAAAGACCAGCAGAACAACUCAGCACACGCAUCACACGCUGCCGGCUCGGCUUCACUCUUCCGCCAAGUCGUCGAGCGUGCACAUGGUGAUCCACAAACACUCGAGAGAUCGCUCAACCGCCUUCUUGUUCGAACUCCCUCGCAGGACCCGCCGCCAGAGCAGGGCCCUAGCGUGUCCCCUGCCUUCUCCAAGAUCUUGCGAGCUGCAAAUGAUCUCUCCAAGACACAAAAAGACUCCUACAUCGCCGUGGACCACCUCAUACAAUGCCUCGUGCAAGACAGCACCGUUCAAAAAUGUCUUGCCGAAGCGAACGUACCCAACCCAAAGGUCAUUGACACGGCAGUUCAAGCGAUACGCGGAACGAAGAGAGUCGACAGCAAGACCGCCGACGCAGAGCAAGAGAAUGAGAACUUGAAGAAGUUCACAAUCGACAUGACGGCAAUGGCCAGAGAGGGUAAGAUUGAYCCUGUCAUUGGACGAGAGGAGGAAAUUAGAAGAGUUGUGCGAAUCCUGUCAAGACGCACGAAGAACAACCCAGUCUUGAUAGGUGAACCUGGUGUCGGAAAGACCACCGUUGUCGAGGGUCUUGCACGCCGAAUCGUCGAUGCAGAUGUCCCACAAUCACUGGCCGCCUGCAAGCUUCUCUCCCUCGACGUCGGAGCUCUCGUUGCUGGCUCAAAGUACAGGGGAGAAUUUGAAGAGCGCAUGAAGGGAGUCCUCAAAGAGAUCGAAGACAGCAAGGAGAUGAUUGUCCUCUUCGUCGACGAGAUCCAUCUCUUGAUGGGUGCUGGUAGCUCAGGUGAGGGCGGCAUGGAUGCAGCCAACCUGCUCAAGCCCAUGCUCGCCCGCGGCCAGUUGCACUGUAUCGGUGCGACUACACUUGCUGAGUAUCGCAAAUAUAUCGAGAAGGAUCAGGCCUUUGAGCGGCGAUUCCAGCAGGUCCUCGUCAAGGAGCCCUCAGUCAUUGAGACGAUAUCAAUUCUGCGUGGGCUGAAGGAGAAGUACGAAGUUCACCACGGUGUGACCAUCCUCGACGGGGCCAUUGUUGCAGCUGCGACCCUUGCUGCACGAUACUUGACUCAGCGACGACUACCCGACUCGGCCGUUGACCUUGUCGAUGAGGCCGCAGCCGCGGUUAGAGUGGAACGCGAGUCACAGCCUGAAGUUCUCGACAAUAUGGAGCGUAAAUUGCGCCAGCUUGAAAUUGAGAUUCACGCUUUGGAUCGCGAAAAGGACGACGCAUCUCAGUCGCGGCUGAGAGAGGCGCGUGCUGAGAAAGCCAACAUCGAGGAGGAGUUGAAGCCUCUCCGAGAGAGUUACGAAAGCGAAAAAGCACGGUCGCGGGAGAUUCAGGAUCAAAAGAUCAAACUCGACCAGCUGAGGAACAAGCAGGAGGAAGCAGAGCGGACAAGAGAUCUUCAGACUGCUUCCGACCUCAAGUACUACGCCAUUCCAGACGUUGAGCUGAGAAUCAAAGAGCUUGAACAGCAAAAGCUGGUCGCCGAGCGCGAACAGGCUGUUCGAUCAGGCGACAACGAACAGACUCUAGUCACCGACGCUGUCGGUCCGGACCAAAUUAACGAGAUUGUUGGCCGCUGGACUGGCAUUCCUGUGACUAGACUCAAGACGACCGAGAAAGACAAGCUGUUGCAAAUGGAGAAGGUUCUCGGUGCUCAGGUGGUUGGUCAGAAAGAAGCUGUCACAUCGGUGGCAAAUGCGAUCCGCCUGCAGCGUUCAGGUCUCGCCAAUCCCGGCCAGCCACCAUCGUUCCUAUUCUGUGGUCCUUCAGGAACGGGAAAGACACUUCUCACCAAAGCACUGGCCGAAUUCCUCUUUGACGAUCCCAAGUCGUUGAUUCGUUUCGACAUGUCUGAGUACCAGGAACGACAUUCGCUCUCGCGUAUGAUUGGAGCACCACCAGGCUACGUUGGCCACGAUGCAGGCGGUCAGCUCACGGAAGCGCUGCGGAGACGACCCUUCAGCAUCCUACUGUUUGAUGAGGUUGAAAAGGCUGCCAAGGAAGUCCUUACCGUCCUCCUCCAGCUCAUGGACGACGGCCGCAUCACUGAUGGACAAGGUCGUAUCAUCGACGCCAAGAAUUGCAUCGUCGUCAUGACCUCCAACCUGGGCGCCGAGUACCUCUCAAGACCAAAUGCGGCUGACGGUCGCAUUGACCCCACAACUCGCGAGCUCGUCAUGACUUYGCUCAGGAACUACUUCCUGCCCGAGUUCCUCAACCGUAUUUCGAGCAUCGUCGUCUUCAACCGACUUAGCAAGAAGGAAAUCCGCAAGAUCGUCGAUGUCCGGCUCGAUGAGAUCCAGAAGCGUCUCAAUGGUAAUGGCCGCAAUGUCAGUAUCACCCUCACAAAUGAGGUCAAAGACUACCUGGGAUCGGCAGGUUACUCACCUGCUUACGGUGCUCGUCCUCUGGCGCGUCUCAUCGAGAAGGAAGUGCUCAACCGCUUGGCGGUUCUGAUCCUUCGUGGAUCGGUACGGGAUGGAGAAUCUGCGCGGGUGGUGCUGGAGGAUGGACACAUCGUCGUGCUCCCGAACCACUCAGAUUCUGACGAUGACGAUAUAUCCAUGUACGAUUCCGAGGACGCCGUCGAGGAAUUGAAUGGAGGCAUGGAUGAUGAUGACUUGUACGAGUAA